AUGCAUUGGCAGAAAGGUGCCGAGAUGAGGCGGCUUGACCUGACUUGCAGUGCACCUUGCUGGAACUCGUGCUACGAGGCUAACCCUGUUUACGAGUUCGCAAGCUUCCUUCUGAUGCAUGAGCUGAUAAGGGAGGCAGGUGCAAGCAGAAACUUCACCCCCACAGAUGAGCGGCUUGCUGCAUAUGAACUGACUAGUUAUGACGGCACUUUAGCGGGAAAAAAUCUCUUGACAUACUUUCAACAAUAUUUGUCAGCAAUAUGCCCUCAGGAUCGGCCCUCCGGUGUGGGGGCAAAAAUACUUGGGCGCCUCAUCACAGUGGAAGAAACGAAAUCGGCAACGGAACAGGCUACGGCAGAAUUGAGAAAACUUAAGCAGGCGAAGCUUUCGAUGGAGCGCAACAUCGUGGCGUGA